GAUGUUGUUAUAAGAGAAACGUGGUGAGUUCAAGACAGUAGGAUGCUCUUCGCGUAUGAAAUUAAAACUACGUAGUGAUAAUAGUGCUGAUUUCGUUAACUUCAAAUAUAGCCGAUAAGCAAAACGAUUGAUGUUACAAUUGUAAAUUGUAAUGCAUUUUUUACCAGUUUCAUCACUAAUUUUACCUGCCGUGCGACAUCACAUCUCCGGAAAAUUAAUUGGCACCGAUCGCCGCUCACACUGUGCAUUCUCGCGGUGAAGGCAUGCGUUAUGUGAUGUAGUUUCCCGUGGAUUACUAAAUUAGUGUUCAUCUUUUUCUAUUUUGCUUUGACGAAACAGGAAGAGAAAAUCAAACCACCGUUCACUCAAGUUGAUAAGAUUUCAACACGAUCGAGCCGGUUUCCUUUCAACUAGAAGCGUGUUGCACAUUAUCUUCAAGUGAUCCCGAACGGAGGAAAUUCACCCACAAAAUCCGGCAUCCAACCGGUUGCAGUGAAGAAAACGUUCAGUGUAUCUUAGUGACUAAAAUUAAUCUGGAAAGCAGUAAAAAUGAAGCUAGUAGCAUGGCGAUGAUGCAACAAGUGGUGUGUAGUGCGAGCGAAAAUAGUUGUAACACAUUCAGCUGCUGCUGGUAGUUGGAGCGGGAAGCUAUCUGAAAUCGUUAACUGAAAAAGUGGAAAAGCGACCGAGAGUGUGACGUCGUUAACUUUUUUUCCUUCAAGUUGGGGAGUUAGCGGCAACAACAGGGUAAAAGAAGAAAAAAAAAGGACAAUUGCUCAGUCAUCCUGUUUUAGAUUGAUUUUGCCUCGAGAAAGCUAGUUGGUGGGACUUUCUGAGCUAUCGGGAUGUCGUCCUAUCGUAGCAACUAUAGUUAUCCUUGGACGUCAAGUUAUAAUCCAACAACUUCGUUCUAUUCGUCAUCUAGUUCCACCCACGGGAGCAGUAGAUUCUCGUCCGAACCUUCGAGCUCACGGUUCAGUUCGUUGAGUGGAAGCAGCUUCCGGCCGUCGUACGCUUCCGGUACAUACCGAUCUCCACGCACUGCUUCUUCAAAUGUGUCGACCUACAUUAGUCGCUAUUCCAGCCUUGCCGCGGACAAGGAAAAGGAAAAGGAACGGGAGAAGGCUAAAGAAGAAGAGAGACGUCGCGAGCGGGAACGGGAGCGGGAACAAAGAGAGAAGGAGCGCGAGAAAGAACGAGAACGCGAGAAGGACCGGCUCAUUGAAACUUCCCGGAAGUUAGAGGCGGAGCUAGAGAAAGAGAAACCAAAGCCAAUUAAGAAGUCCGCCCUCAUUGCGGCCAAAUAUGGUGGGACGGCAGAAAGCGAAGAAACGACUAAGGCGGGAGCGAAAGCAGCCGUGUCUAAACCGAAAAAGGACAACGCUCCACCGGUUACGUACACUACCAGAUAUGGCAAAACAGGAGUGACUCGAGAAAAAUCCCGAGAACCAAGUCCCGCGGCUAGAUCGAAUUCAAUAACUCACCUAACCGCAAAUCGUUCUAAAGCUCCUGAUGCGAGUCCUGCCGGUGGAGUUGCUUCCAGCAAAAUUCGUUCUAGAGAUCCCAGUCCAGCGCUCGAUAGUAAAAAGACAAGUGGAUAUGCAGCGGCCAUUGCUAGUAAGCUCGAGAAUGGAAUUCAAUCGUUGACGAGAGAAUACAAGAGACAAGCAUCGAACACGGCGGGAGGUUUCCUCCAGAACAGAGCCAGAUCCCGAGACCCUAGUCCUACGGUUCGAACGAAAACUUCCAGAGAACCCAGUCCAGUAGAAACGAAAAAGAUUACGAAAUCAUUCACGGCACGAUCAAGAGAUCCAAGCCCAGCAAUGGUUGCUAAGCCUAAUGCAGUUACCAGUAAAGUCGCUCCAACCGAAACGAAAAAGUUCUCCAGCAGUGUUGCUAUUCGGACUGGUGUACGCUCUAGAGAUCCCAGUCCAGCGGAGUCCAAAAAAAUUCCAUUGUUUACUUCCAGUAAACUGCGGUCUCGAGAUCCAAGCCCAGUGAGUAGUAAAGCAUCGACCUUUUCAGGAGGCUCUCUUAGAACUAGAGUACGAGAUCCAAGCCCGGUAGGAGCAAAACCCGCACAAGUUUACACCAGAUCACACACCGCAUUGGAUAAAUCAACUGGAAUGCAGUCUCUAACACUACCUGUAACGAGAGCUCGAGAUCCUAGUCCAUCAUUUCUGAAGGCACGCAGCCGCGAUCCAAGUCCUGCACUUAGCACAUCCGGAACUAGGCGGUCUUCGCGUGAGCCAAGCCCAGCUGAGUCUAUUCGUAAAAAGUACGGUCUCAACAGCAGCUCCUACCGACCUUACGGCCGUAGUAACAGUGCGUUGAAUACCACUUCGUCUCGUCUGCCGGCAAAUUCUAGUCCAGUUCCUGGUGGAGUUGCACUCUCCUAUAUGACAACAAACGAGGCGACAGCAGCUAGAAUCAGCCGACCUUCGUCAAGAAUUGCCAACACCCAAUCACGGGAAGCCUCUCAAUGCCCAUCACCUCUGCUAAUUCGAAGUCAAAUUUUCUCCCCUGAACCGGUGCAGAUCGUAGAAAAUGGCAAAAAAGAGGGUGCAGAAGAAGAUAGUUCAUCGACAACGGACUCUACGUCUAGUGAGGAAGAAUCCUCCGAAGAAACCGAAAGUAGUGUCGAACCUGAACCGAAAAUAUUCAUUGAAAUCACAUUGGUAACACGGGGCACUUCUCCAACUCCACCAGGCUCUACGCCGUACAUCCGGGCCAGGCGUGCUGAAAUGUGUAAAACUGUUGAAAAAACAAUCCAAAAGCAGCUGCUGAAUGUACAAACAGCUGAUAAAGCGGUCCAAUCGGAUCGGAUGGAUGACUCGACCAGAUACCUUAGGUACAAUCAACCAACAACGAGAAAUUGGUCACCUUUUCUCGACUCGAAGUUUAGCUCUAGCGGCUCGUCUGGGUACACCAGAUAUUCAAGUGCAUCCUCCCGAUACAGCCGAGACAGUCAAAGUCAAAGUCGUGAAACCAGCGUGUGCUCCAAUCGCAGUGAUAUCUCCACCGAAAAGAAAGAUGAGAAACUCUCAGCACUGGCAGCGCGCGUGAAAGAAAUGAGCCUUUCGAAAUCAUUUAGUCCCAAAGCUAACACUUCCGGUGCUAGUAGAUCGUCAACUAGUACUCCUUCAUUCAAGCAAAAGACGCCACCAAAACAAAAAUCGCCAGAAAAACCCCCACCAGCUCCGACGAAAGAUGGAUCACCGACAAAAGUAGCCACGAACGCGACGAAUUCCAGAAUAAACAAAGACUUCCGCAAGUCUGCCCUGAAUAUGGGCCCAGCACCAGACAGACCAAGAAAAGGAUCAAACGCUUCCAGCAAAUCCAGCUCAUCGACGUCGUCUGCAUCAACGGCGACACCGACAGCGGAAACCAUCACUCAAAACGGCACCAGCAGUCGAAUACCUCAGAACACUCGAUCCAGUGCAAGUCCCGCCCGCCGUUCCGAUCGAUCAUCGUCAUCCAGUUCGGAAGUAAGCACCUCCACUACCACUUCGACAACCUCAACGGAGUCCGGCGGAAAAACACGCCAAUCGUCACGCGUUACAUCAUCCGCGGAUCCAGUAACCGACACGUCAAAUGCCAACAACGAAUUGCUAAUGCGUGCGAUUCAAUUGGCCACUAACUUUGUUAACAAGAACCCUAUCGGGUGGAAUGAUACCAAUAGUGUGACUAGCGCGGCCGAAAGUUUAGACCAGGGGUCAAAAUCUGGCUGGGAAGCGGGAACGCAUUACAUGGAAAGCAUAAAAGAUGAAGAUUCCUCCGAAGAGGAAGAGGAGGAUAAUGCCGAAGACGAACGCCGUAAGUCCGUGUUGUUACAGGCUAAAUGGUGGGAUAAUGAUACUGGAGUCGUUCAGCAUGCGCCGGUUUCUGCACAAGAUGUGUCACCACAAAGCAACACUUUGAUGUAUCGCAUUCGACCCAUCCAAUCUGGCGAGAAAGCUUGGUGGAUGAACGAUGGCCAGGACAGAAAGGAGUCAUCCGAUGAGUCACCGGUUAGAACUAAUGGUGGUGAUGAGCGUUUAGAAACGGAUGAAAUCGUCCAAAACGGUGAAGACAUCGAUUCAAAUACCACUGAAUUUGGUUCACCUUUAAGGUCUAUAAAGCUCUCUAAAAUUAAAUCAGGAGAGAAGGCCUGGUGGAUGAUGAGUAGCGAUAAUAUAGCAGCGAAAUCGAAAACAUCAUCAGGCAGUGUAAGUAAAGCUCCUUCCAAAGAGACCUCACCGGACAAGAAAAGCCCAGGGUUCACGCUGUACACUCUCGAGGCUGAAGAUCAAGCAUGGUGGGAUGAAGCAAUGGCUGAUCUGGAGAAAAAAGAAAAAUCCAGCACAGCCAGUAGUAGUAGCAAGGCUCCUUCGAAAGAGUCAACACCUGAGCCCAAAACUCAAGAGUUCAUCAUUUCUCGUGUCAAAUCAGGUGAACGAGCAUGGUGGAUGUGCAGUACGGAAAAGAUCAACGAAACUGCGAACAGUGACGGAUCGGUUCGUGAGUGUAGUCCGGUAAAAGCGAGACCAUUCAAAAUAACCCGGAUAGAAUCGGGCGAAGCUCCCUGGUGGAUGACAGAAACGGAAAAUGUUACUGUUUCCAGAUCCGGAUCUAAGACGAAUGUUGUCAGCAGAUCAAACAGUUUCAAUUCGAAACAAUCCAGUCCGACCAAGUAUAAGAUAACUCGAGUAGAAUCUGGUGAGCAAGCAUGGUGGAUGGAUGGUGCGGAGGAAAAGAGUGUUAGUCCACAAAAGUUGUCCUCUUUCAUUGAAAAACAUGGCGAGGAGGAACACCACCAGUCUCAAAUGGACAGUGAAUUAGAUGAGGAGAUUAGAAAUAUAGGAAAGUUUGUUGCUGGUCUACCGCAAUUCCCCAACGGUGAGUUCACCGUCGAGACGGUCAUCGAAGCUCCCUUGGGCGAUCGUGCUAGCCCGGAAGGGGUCGAAGACGCUAAAGAUACCCUUCGAUUGUCACCUUACGACAACAUUCCUACGACCGGCAAUGCAUCUAGUUCUGAUGCGAAAACAUACCAACAAACUGAGCUGGACCGGAAAGCGGCGCAAUCACCGGUGUUUAUUUCACGUCACACCAACAUCGAUGAUCUGCUGGGCGGAUCAUGCCACCCGCUCAGUCCGACGAUUGAUCGUUUGUUUGUAAUGGACGGUUUGCAGGAAAUCUCACCACAGGACGUGCGGGUGCACGACAGCACGGCGCAGUUCAUCUAUGGCAACAGGUUCAAAAGUGGUGACGAUGAGCGACUGGGGAAUGAUUUGUUGGAUGAUGCAGCUCUGCAAGUGUACAAAGAUGGCGAUUACGGGGCCUACCUGGACCUGGAGUCGUCGCUUGCCGAGCAGUCCGAGGAGAUCGAAGGACUCAACGCUAGCCGCAAAAAUUCUCUCGUCGUUCGAACGCAACUGAGCGUUAGAGUUCACUCCAUUAUUGAUCAUGUUCCCCUGCAUAUUCCGGAGAAGGAAAGCGAAUCAGCUAUAAUUGGCAUUCAAGCAGCACGGUAA